AUGACUCUUCGCCAACUUCUGAUCAACUUUCUCAGCAAGAUGGAAGCCAGCCCAUUUGCGCGGUUCUUUCGAGAGGAGCUUGACAUCACCAACGUCUCAGGACAUACGCUGGCAAUGAAAAAAUCCAUCAAUCUCAGAGACAUCCAAGCCAAGAUCGAUACAUACACGUCCGUGGAGGAAUUCACACGUGAUGUACAACUGAUAAAGAACAACGCCCACCUUUAUGGCAGUGAUCACCCUGUCGCAGAAGCUGCAGAUGGACUGUUUGAUCUCUGUCUCCACGAGAUGUCUGAAGCGACCGACGACCAUGUUCUUGCCWAUCACACCACCUUGAUCAACUGUCCAACGUGUCGGAUCGCGAUGUGUGGAAGUUGCGACAAGGUCGCAGAGUGGGGGCAUGUAUGCGACGAUACUGAGCGCAAGCAAGAGCUGGCCAUGCUCAAAAAGUUUGGGUACAAGCGGUGCCCACGCUGCGGCCAAGGAGUCAAAAAGAUGUUUGGAUGCAGCCAUGUCGUGUGCCGGUGCGGCGCUGGGUUUUGCUGGACCUGCGGACAGAGUAUCGACGUCUGCCAGGGGGCUUGCGGUGCGCCCGGGGCAGACAACGAGGAAGUCAUCGACGGGACAGCCAUCGAAGAAUCUAACGCACAGAUGCCCGGCAGUGGCGACAACCAAGCGGAGCCGGAAAACCUUGACGCUGGCGGCGCGGAACGCUGGCACGAGUGGAAUUUCGGAGACGAGCCAGAAGAAGGAGCAUAUAACCAGGUGUGGUCGUGUCACCAUCUGUUCAAAAAGUGGCGCGGUUCCAAGGACGGUUUCUUCCACGGCGACUUGCAGCUGAUCGAAUGCAACCGCUGCUUCAAAGCCUGUCCAAUGGGCGAGGGAGCUUCGAGAUGCAAGGUGUGUGGCCUGCUGGUUUGUUCUAGCUGCGAGGAUUUCUUCGAGCAAUCUUGA